AUGACAGCGAGUUCUCGUGAACGCCAGUCAACGUCGAUGGAAGGCCCUAAAGCGGACGGUGGAAGCUAUAUUCAGCUCAGGAGCCGGGUCCAUCAGCAAGGAACCGUCAGCGGGCGAAUGAGGAGGGCCGAGUUUGCGGCACGAAAGAGCAGGGCCACCAUGGACGGCGACGAUGGUCCAUGGUCCUCAUUCACUAUUCAAAUCGGCACUCCCAUUCAGAAUGUCCGGGUUUUUGUCUCCCCUGCUGGCUCAGGAGCUUGGGUGGUCAGCGAUGCCGGCUGUGUAGAAGAUCAGGGGUCCUGCCAGGAAGACAGGGGACGGACGUUUGACCCUCAUCGGUCAACUUCCUACAGUCACCAUGGCACUUCCGCGCUAGGUGUGAAUAAAAAUCUAGAACCGUCACUACAGGCAGAGUUUGGGAAUGACACAUUGGGCCUGGGCUUGCAAGGCAGUGGAGGGCCAGUCUUGAUAGACCAGCCUAUCUUGAGUUACACCGAUGCCUCGCUACAGCUGGGCAUGUUUGGUGUCAACGCUAUAUCCAUCAAUGAUACCGAUGGCGGUCAAGGUUUUCCCAGCUAUCUGAGUUCACUGAAGCGGCAGGGCAAAAUCCCAAGCCUGAGUUUUGGGUACACAGCUGGAAACCAGUAUCGACUGAAGAAGGUUUAUGGAAGUCUCACCCUUGGCGGCUACGAUCAAUCCCUUUUCGUACCGAACUCAUGGAGUAGCUCAUUUGUAGGCGCCGAUCCAACACGUUAUUUGCAAGUCAGCAUACAGAAGAUCAUAGGCAAAGAAUUGGGUGGCCAGACAGAUAAUUUACUACCGGCCCCUAUCAUGGCAAAUGUUGACCCAACGGAAUCUAUGAUGUGGCUCCCAACAGACGCAUGUAAAGCAUUCGAGGCUGCAUUUGGACUCAAAUACGAUCCUGCAACUAAUCUCUAUCUGGUUGACGACGACUUACAUCAGUCCUUGCAGGAAAAGAUUUCGAGCAUUACCUUUACGCUCUCGAAUCAGACAUCGGGCGGCGAUACAAUCGAUAUAGCUCUUCCAUAUAUGGCUUUUGAUCUUCAGAUAAAGCCUCCAUUUCCGGGCAUCAAUCAAACUUCACAGUACUUUCCUCUUCGUAGGGCUGCCAAUGAUUCGCAAUACACUCUCGGAAGGACGUUACUACAAGAAUCAUAUCUCAAAGUUGAUUGGGAACGCCGAAACUUCACUCUUUCUCAAUGUAAUUUCACGCAAGGCGCUGAAGCAAAGCUUAUGGCUAUCUCUUCUCCUGGUGCUUCUACUACUGGUAUUUCGACCGGAAUCAAGGUUGGAGUAGCCGUUGCCGUCGUAGCUGGCACCCUUGUUAUCAUUACACUAACGACGUGGCUCUAUCUUCGCUGGCGAAACGCCCGCCGACGUGCAGCCGAGGAAGCUGCAAAGACCGGCGUUAAUCCGAAGGAAGGUAUGAUACGGCAAGGUUUCGCCAAAGGCGAAAUGGGCACGGGUAUUGAGAACGCGCGGUUUGAAAUGGAAGGCUCAGAUGGUAACGCUCUAAAGCCAUACGGCGGACGUACGCCUCCGUGGGUGGAUGAAAAGGGGCAGUACCCAGGAUUUGCUGCUAAUGGAAUCUCGGAGAUGGACACUGAGGCUCAGAGAGCAGAGCUAGUUGGUGCAAUUGGCUUCUAUGGAGGACGAGGCGUGCACGAGAUGUACGACCCAUCUUCAGUACCACCGAUUGAACUCCCAACAGGCACAGAGGAGCAGUUUUCACCACGAGUCGGCGCUAAAGACAGAUCAGGCCGCUCAUCAAGCAGCAAACCGUCCCCAUCGAAGUCUUCCAUCUUCGGUCCGUUCAGUCGCAAAAAACGUCGUGCCGAGUUGGACUCGUCCUCUUCUUCUGGACCCUCUCCCCAAUCAUCACCUACCCAUCAUUUGAGCCAUACGGCUAGCGGACCAGCUUCCCCUCUGUCACCCGAUUACAGCUCAAGUCGCCACUUGGUUGACUCUGAUAACGAACGACCGGACAAUCAUCGACGUGGUUCGAAUGAGACGUCUUCCGGACCUUCUGGCCCAUCUUCUCCUUCGUCACCCGAGCGCGCUUUCCACAAGUCAGGCUCCAAGUACGCCUCUCGAUAUCUUCCGAGCCACAGACACGGCUCUCUCGAUGAGGGUCCUCGGGAGCAGCGCUCUCCAGAGCGACCAUUACCUUCCUUGCCAAGUAGCUCAACUAAGCCCACAGGGCCUCCACGCAGCUCGGUCCCAACUAGCCCUACAGCAGAUGUGUCUCCGCCGUCUCAAAACACCGACUCUACGAAUGGGAGCGAGGACGCACAUGACAGUGCCGGACGGCGAAGACCAAGGGUCUCGCCACCAUCUUCCGGCAACGGAAACAACAGCAGUAGCAAUGAGAGAGCCAGCGAUACCACAUUCAGUCCCAUCUCACGGCGAGGGACGUUCUCGCCACCACGACGGCAGGACACGGGUAUGAGUAUCUUGAGUCCGGUGAGUCCAGAGGCGGAGGAGCCACCUAGGAAAGGUGGCGGUGGAUAUGGCGGAUUCAGAUGGGGCAGGUGA